AGUCUCGGUCACUGCCUUUGGUUGUACCACUUCCCUUUUAUUCUCGCCUGAACCUCCCUCAUCUUUGCUCUAUGAUGACAUUGCCCUGGGGAAGAGAAGCUGAGAGGAACUCCUCACUCAGCUAGCUUCAGGAGCCAUGACAUCAUCUGUACCAUGGAAAUUCCGCUCACUCUCCCGAGCCCCCACAUUUGUCCCAGGCCUCAGAGUCUCUAUAAAGAGAGAUUCCCAACUCAGUAUCAGCACAGGACACAGCUGGGUUCUGAAGCUUCUGAGUUCUGUAGCCUCACCUCUGAGAAAACCUCUCUUCCACCAACACCAUGAAGCUCUGCGUGACUGUCCUGUCUCUCCUCGCGCUAGUAGCUGCCUUCUGCUCUCCAGCACUCUCAGCACCAAUGGGCUCAGACCCUCCCACCGCCUGCUGCUUUUCUUACACCGUGAGGAAGCUUCCUCGCAACUUUGUGGUAGAUUACUACGAGACCAGCAGCCUCUGCUCCCAGCCAGCUGUGGUGUGA